AGCAUUGCUUUGUGAUUUUGGCACUCAGUCCAGCUGUCACCAUGAAGCUCAAACUGCUGCUGCUGCUCCUCUUUCUCUGUACCUUUAUCAUACCAGCAAAGUUAGGAAAACACGAGAAACAUAAUGGGCAUGGCAAAAAGGACACAAAGGAGAAGCCAGAAGAAAAGCAUGGCCAUAAAGCUGGAAAACAUCACAAAAGAGUUGAGGAAUUGCUGAAGGACUAUGAUGACCAAGAUGACAGCCAUGAUGAUGAAGAUGAGGAAAGAGGAGAAUGGCUGUUUGAGCUUCAAGAUGUCAAAGGAAACUGUAAACCAAACCCAUGCCUCAAUAAGGGAUUAUGUGAGGAGAAGCAUGGGAAGUUCAAGUGUAGAUGUCCCAAACCCUACAAAGGUCGUAGAUGUGAGAAAGUUACACCGGUCUGCAAGCGGAACACAUGUGGAUAUGGUCAGUGCGUUCUAACUUCGACUCCUCCUCACUACGAGUGCAAGUGUACAGCGCCCUUCAAACCUCCCCACUGCAAACUAAUUGCUCCAUGUGAAGCCAAUAUAUGUCUGAAUGGAGGGACUUGUGUAAAAGAUGGACAAGACUUUGACUGUGUCUGCAAAGCAGGUUUCACUGGCAAAUUCUGUCAUGUUGGUCCCGAUGAUUGCUAUGAAGGAAACGGAGAGUCCUACCGAGGAAAGGUUUCAGAAACAGAUGAUGGAGAUGACUGUCUGUUCUGGAAUUCACACUUCAUUCUGGGUCAGGGAAUAAAUCCCUUCACUACUUAUGAGGACGCUCAUGGCCUCGGUCGUCACAACUUCUGUAGAAAUCCAGAUGGUGAAAAGAAGCCAUGGUGCUUCACAAAAUCAGGAAAGAAACUAAGAUGGGAUUACUGUGAUGUGAAAAAAUGUGCCACCACCAAUGUAACAAGACCAACUUCAGGAAGUCAUGUACCAGAAGCCCUCAAGCCAUGCCCCACACCAGCAAGCCAUGUCCCAGCAAGCCUCACACCAGAAAGUCAUGUCCCAGCAGACCUCACACCAGAAAGUAAUGUCCCAGCAAGCCCCACACCAGAAAGUCAUGUCCCAGUAAGCCCCACACCAGAAAGUCAUGUCCCAGUAAGCCCCACACCAGAAAGUCAUGUCCCACUAAUCCCCACACCAGCAAGCCAUGUCCCACUAAUCCCCACACCAGCAAGCCAUGUCCCAGCACCACCAAAACCUGGAAGCCAUGCCCCAGCAGUUGUAACAAUGGAUAGUCAGUUUGCGACCUGUGGCAAACCCCAACCGACGAAAGUGAUGCACCGUAUCUAUGGAGGUCUGAAGACGCUUCCUGGUGCCCAGCCCUGGCAGGCUUCCGUGCAGGUUCGACCCACUGGCACGGGCCUGAGCUUCAAACAUAUCUGUGGAGGCAUUCUGAUUAAGUCAUGCUGGGUGUUGACUGCAGGACAUUGCAUUGAUAAGACAAAAGAUUAUCAAGUGGUUCUGGGAGGAACUGAUUUAUUGAAGUAUGAGGAAUCUGAGCAGGUGCUGGAGGUUGUGGAGCCCAUCCUCCAUGAACAAUACAAAGAAACAAGAGAUUCAGUCUACAAUGAUAUCGCUCUGCUCAGACUCAAAGCCAAAAAUGGGAAGUGUGCAGAGGAAAGCCAGUUUGUAAAGACGGCCUGCCUACCACGUGAAACUUUUCCUGAUGGGACCGAGUGUAGCAUCUCUGGAUGGGGAGCCACUCCACAGUCACAGCAUGGUUCAAAUCAGUUGCUGGACGCUGACGUGUUGCUGAUUUCUCACAAUGUUUGCUCCAGUGAUAAAGUCUAUGGAAAAUUAAUAGACAACACCAUGUUCUGCGCUGGUCACCUUGAGGGAGGAGUCGACUCAUGUCAGGGCGACUCUGGAGGGCCCUUAACUUGCGUGAGGGACCAGGCCCAUUACGUCUAUGGCAUUGUUAGCUGGGGAGACAGCUGUGGAGAAAAGAAUAAACCCGGAGUAUACACUCAGGUCACACACUUCCUAGACUGGAUCAAUGCAAAAACGUCCAGCAAGGCUCCUUAAAUCCUCUUGCUGUUGGAAUAAAUCUGAAAGAGUUUGUUUA